AUACUUACAUAAACACCUCUAUCUCUCACAAAAACAGACUACCCUUCUAACUCAUUCUUUUCUGAUCAGACUCUGUUCUAAAAAAUGGCGAUCGAUCAUGGAUCUUACUUUGUUUCGUGUUUUGCCAUGGUUUUCUUGGUGGGUUUGUCCUGGGCUUCGGAUAUGUCUAUCAUUGACUACAAUGCCAAACACGGCAUGGAGGUCCCUUCUGAAGGAAGAACCGAGAAGGAGAUGAGAGCCAUGUACGAGUCAUGGCUUGUGCAUCAUGGUAAGGCAUACAACGCUCUGGGAGAGAAGGAGAAGCGAUUCGAGAUCUUCAAAGAUAAUUUGAGAUUCGUCGAUGAGCACAACAAGGAGAGCAGGACCUACAAGGUUGGGCUGAACAAGUUCGCUGAUCUCACCAACGACGAGUACAGAGCCACGUAUUUGGGCACCAAGAUGGAUCGGAAGGGAAAGCUAUCUGAGUCGAGAAAGAGUGAUCGGUACGCGUUCCGAGUUGGAGAUUCGUUGCCCGAUUUCGUCGAUUGGAGGGCUAAAGGGGCUGUUGCUCCUGUUAAAGAUCAGGGUCAAUGCGGGAGCUGCUGGGCCUUUUCAACUAUUGCUGCAGUUGAAGGGAUUAACAAGCUUGUAGCUGGUGAGCUAAUCUCUUUGUCUGAGCAAGAGUUGGUGGAUUGUGAUACUUCUUACAACCAGGGCUGCAAUGGUGGCCUCAUGGACUAUGCCUUCGAAUUUAUCAUCAACAAUGGCGGCAUUGACUCCGAAGAGGAUUACCCUUACAAGGCUCGUGAUGGUCAAUGUGAUACAUACAGGAAAAAUGCUCACGUUGUGUCAAUCGAUAGUUAUGAAGACGUGCCUCAAAAUGAUGAGAAAUCAUUGAUGAAGGCUGUUGCAAACCAGCCUGUUGCUGUUGCCAUUGAAGCUGGUGGCAGAGCAUUUCAACUGUACCAAUCGGGUGUUUUCACUGGACUCUGCGGAACACAACUAGACCAUGGUGUGGCUGCAGUUGGAUACGGUACAGAAAACGGAAAAGAUUACUGGAUCGUGAGGAACUCUUGGGGAGACAGCUGGGGAGAGGCUGGAUACAUCAGGUUGGAGCGUAAUAUGGCUUCUGCGUCCCAUGGCAAGUGUGGAAUCGCCAUAGAACCCUCAUACCCCAUCAAGAACGGCCAAAACCCUCCUAAACCCGGCCCCUCACCACCAUCUCCUCCUAUCAAGCCCCCAACUGUUUGUGAUGACUACUACACGUGCCCUGAGGGAAGCACUUGCUGCUGCAUCUACGAGUAUGGCAAAUACUGCUUCGCUUGGGGAUGCUGCCCUCUCGAGGGUGCAACCUGCUGUGAUGAUCACUACAGCUGCUGCCCUCAUGACUACCCUGUCUGUGAUCUUAAUGCCGGAACUUGCCGAGUGAGCAAGAACAACCCAUUUGGAGUCAAGGCAUUGAAGCGAGCUCCUGCAACUCACCACGCUGGAAUGACUAUCAGAGCAUAAGAAGAUUUGAGGUCCAAAUGGGAGGUGCGGGAGAGGAAGAUUUUAAGUAUAAAUUUCUUGCGAGAAAUGAUCGACUUUUUUUACCCCACACCCAAUGAGAGGUUGCUUGCAAAGAAGUGAUUGUUCUCAGCGAAGUAUCACUUGGUGCAAGUCUUUUACUCUCCCUCAUGGCAAGAAUGGUUCAAUUGUCUUUUAUAUUUAAUGGUGAUUGAUGUAGAUAAAUCAAAAGUUAUUUACCAAACAGAAACGAUUGAAGUACUGUUUAAACAUUCAAUGUCACCAUGAACUGUAUAUAAUUGUGCCAUUGCUUAUUCCUCCUUUGAUUAUGGAUGUCGGUUGCAUCUUGUUUAUGAUGGAUGUAAAUUCCAUAUUCAAGACUUCAGUUUAUAACUUGUGUAAAUGGUUAAUUUAUCAAUAAGUUAAAGCUUCAUUUGGGUA